AUGAAAGGUAUUUCGUUGGACACUGUCCGCACCUCCAAUGCUACCCUCAAGACUCUUGGUCCAGGACUUCUUGCCGUAUUUGUUGGUGGCACAAGUGGUAUCGGAGAGUCAAUUUUAAAGGCAUUCUUGGGUGCUGCUGUGGCACCACGGGUUUACAUCAUAGGUCGAAGCCGAGAUGCUGCCAAUCGUAUUGUAAAGGAAUGUCAAGCAGUCAGCGAGACGAGCGAGGUGGAAUUUUUACAAGCCGAUGUGUCUGAAAUAGCAAACGUUGACCAAACCUGUUCUGAGAUUUUACGAAAAGAAACGAGGUUGAAUCUGCUAGUAUUAACGACCGGAAUAUUGACCAUGGAUGGCCGAAACGAAUCCCCCGAGGGUCUCGACCGCAAGAUGGCCGUUCACUACUACUCCCGCAUGCGCUUCAUCUCUAACUUGCUUCCACUUCUCGCAAGCUCUGCCUCAUCUUCUCAGUUGUCUCGCGUCAUGACCGUACUGGGUGCCGGAAUUGGGAAUCGAAUGGUGGAGAGUGAUCUCGGUCUGAAAACAAACUUUUCUCUUUCUAAUUGCGGCGCGCACUGUGGUGUAAUGACGGAUUUAAUGCUCGAGAGAUUUGCUGCGACUUGGAAAGGAACGGCAUUUGUCCACACUGCCCCUGGUGUAGUAAAAACGAACCUGGGAUCAGGGUUGCCCACUUGUUUGCGAGCUGCGUAUAAAGUUGCGGGGCAACUCUUGGCUCCAUGGACAGUUGGAUUGGCUGAGACAGGAGAGAGACAUCUAUACAUGGCUACCUCGAACCGAUAUCCUCCAUCAGAGUCUCUAAACGCAGCUACCUGCGGCACACCGAUCGAGAAGAAUGAUGUCGCUGAGGGAAGCAAUGGGGGUAGAGGUUCGGGGGCCUAUUUACUUAAUUGGGAUGGGCGGGUGCAGAAACAGAAUGCAAACCUACUGGAAGAGUAUCGACGAACAGCCAUGGCAGAGAAAAUAUGGAAGCAUACAGAGGAUGUAUUUGACAAUUGUAAUAGAGGCGGAAAUAGCUAA